UCCAAUUAAAUUGAAAUUAAAAGUAUAAAAUGUUAAGGACAAGCCCAUUGGCAUGUGCUUGAAACUCUCCAAGUUUAUAAUAAGAGAUUUCGAAAUUUAUUUUUUUAAAAAGAAAAAAAAAAGAAAAAAAAAAAAGGGAGACUUGUGGCCGUCGUAGGACAAUACCGAGAAAGAUUCUUUGUAUAAAGACAACACUAAUGGAAUAAAGACACCCAUUCAAAACAUAGCUGCAUUUCUAGGCAUACAUACACAUAUAUAUACACACACACUCUCUCUUUUUCUCCAAACCAUUCCACAAUUCACUCAACCUUAAUUCCGCCAUACCCACACCUUAAAAAACCUCAAACUUCUCCUAUGGAGUGGAUUAGAGGUCCCACCAUAGGCCGGGGCUCCUCCGCCACCGUUUCCCUCGCCACCGCCGCCGUCCCCGGCCACCACUUCGCCGUUAAGUCCACCCACUUAUCUUCUUCCGGCAUGCUGCAAAGGGAAAAGGAUAUACUUUCCCACUUCGAUUCUCCCUACGUUGUUAAGUGCUUAGGAUGUGACAUUUCGUACGAGCACAACAAUGCUUUGUACAAUCUUUUCUUGGAGUAUGUUCCCGGCGGGACUCUCUCCGAUCUGGCAAAACGGGGUCGUUUCAGCGAGGCCAUGGUUCAAUUUUACGCCCAUCAAAUCUUAUUGGGGAUUGAUUUUCUUCACUCUAUGGGUUUUGUGCACUGUGAUAUAAAGGGGCAGAAUUUAUUGGUUAGUGGGGAUUAUAGCGUUGUUAAGAUUGGGGAUUUGGGGUGCGGGAGGUUCUUGGAAAACGGAGAAGAGUCUUCGAGUUCGGCAUUUUCCGGCACGCCGGCGUUCAUGGCGCCGGAGGUGGCGAAAGGGGAGGAGCAGGGUUUUCCGGCGGAUAUUUGGGCGUUUGGAUGCACGGUGAUUGAAAUGGCCACCGGGUCUGCUCCUUGGCAGGACAUGAACGACCCUGUUUCUGCCCUGUACAGAAUCGCGAAUUCCGGCGACGUCCCGGAGUUUCCGCGGUGGUUUUCCGGCGAGGCUAAGGAAUUCCUCGGAAAAUGCUUGGAUCGAGACGCUAAACGGCGGUGGACGGCGGCGGAGCUUCUUCAACAUCCGUUUCUGCGGAGUAUAAGCUCAAACUCCGUGACAUUUAAAGAAUUUGUGGGCGAAUUUGUCAGAAAUUCUCCGACGAGUGUGAUGGACCAAGCGGUUUGGAAUUCCGUCGAGAUUUCACGAUCUUUUUGUAAGUCAACGGCCACGGCCGGUUUUCCGGCGAACCGGAUCGGACGCCUGAUUAUUCAGGCCGGCGGCGAAGGACUACCGGACUGGGAAGAGGACGGCGGUUGGAUGACAGUUAGAGACAACCAAGAAGAGGAAUUAACCGAUUCGGAACCAAUUUUGAUUUCAAUUCUUUGUCCAGAAGAUCUGGAGAGCUCAAUUAUUGUUAAUGAAGCUCCGUUAUUUGAUUCUCCUGAUGAUGAUGAGAUUAGCGUUAAUGAUAGGGUUAAUCCUAGGACAAAUAUUGUAUUGUCCUGUGAAAAUUUUAGAGAUGCUUUUGUAUCAUGGAUCCAAGAUUUUGAUGACAACAUAAUAUUAAAAACUUCAUUUUCUUCUAAAGCUCUCUGCUUUCUCAUUCAAAAACACCCUCAAGCUCUGAUUCCUUUCACACCCAUUUGCCCCAAAUACCAGGUGUCCGAUGUUGUUUUAGACCCUAGAUUCUUUUGUAUCUCGCUUUAUUUACAAGCUACAAAGUUCACAAUUGCUUAA